AUCGCCCUCUUCGAAGUCACCACGCCUCGCCGAGUCACCGUAGGACGAUUGAGAACACUUAGGAGCAGCGGACCCCUCGAGCUCGCCGGCCGCCGCUCGACCUUCCCGGCAGUCCUGGCCGCUUCCUUGAUGCGACAAGUCCAGGACCGACCAGGAAUCAAGGUCAUAUACUCGGUGCAGCAGCCUUGUUCGGAUCCAAUUGAGUCCUAGGACACGACGCGAUAUCCCCAUCUGCCACUAUGUCUGCCUCGGAGCCAGAGAUGGUCAAUUCACCACCAACCGCGACCGAAAGGCGCCUCGAACAGCUCCGAGACGGCGUCUCCCAACCCGUCGUUGCCGCAUUCUGCGCCGGCGGCAUCGCGGGUGCCGUGUCCCGAACUGUCGUCUCGCCUCUGGAGCGCCUCAAAAUUCUCAUGCAGAUACAGAGCGUCGGACGAGAUGCCUACAAACUUUCCGUCGGACAGGCCCUCGCUAAGAUGUGGAGAGAGGAGGGCUGGAGGGGCUUUAUGCGCGGCAAUGGCACCAACUGCAUCCGCAUUGUCCCAUACUCGGCCGUUCAGUUCAGCAGCUACAACUUCUAUAAACGGACCUUCUUUGAAAUAUCCCCGGGUGCUGAUUUAUCACCUUUCAAGCGCCUUAUAUGCGGCGGCAUCGCGGGAAUUACCUCUGUCUUCCUCACAUAUCCCCUAGACAUUGUACGGACUCGACUCUCCAUCCAGUCAGCGAGUUUUGCCGAGCUAGGGGACAGACCUGACAAACUACCUGGCAUGUGGACCACCCUGGUACGCAUGUAUAAGACUGAAGGUGGUGUGACUGCACUAUACAGAGGCAUCAUCCCAACCGUAGCUGGUGUCGCGCCCUAUGUUGGCCUCAAUUUCAUGGUGUAUGAGUCGGUUCGAAAGUACUUGACUCCAGAGGGAGAGCAGAAUCCCAAUGCCACCCGAAAACUGCUCGCUGGUGCCAUUUCCGGUGCGGUGGCGCAAACUUGCACAUACCCUUUUGAUGUGCUUCGUCGACGAUUUCAGAUCAACACCAUGUCAGGCAUGGGCUAUCAGUACAAAUCUGUACCAGAUGCCAUCCGUGUGAUUGUGCUUAAUGAGGGAAUAAAGGGUCUCUACAAAGGCAUCGUUCCUAACCUUCUCAAAGUCGCCCCCAGCAUGGCGUCAAGUUGGCUGAGUUUCGAAAUGACUCGCGACUUCCUGGUCAACUUGAGACCGGACGCCGAACCUCACUCCCUGUGACAUGUAUGAGUUUGUGACAAUAGCAUAUUGGACGGUGCGCUAGGCUGGGCAUGGGAAGAAUUGGCUACUCGACAAAAGGAAAUCUGGGACAAGAGCGACGGUGUGAAGUUACAACAAUGAAGGUCUACAACGACGGGGGACUACAACAGUGGGAUGUUAGAUCGGCGCAGGAAGCGCAGACGUGGU